AUGAAAACUCACAAAAGGGAUCAACAUGGGAGAUUCGUCGUUUCGCUUCCAGUCAAAGAGCAUAUGAUGAAACGUUUAGGGAAUUUGAAAGAAAUCGCGAUCCAGAGAUUUAAGAGUCUGGAGCGACGAUUUAAGCGUGACCCACAGCUCAAGGUGGAGUACAGCAAAUUUAUACACGAAUAUUUAGCGCUUAGACACAUGCGUGAGUUCACUAAUUCAGUCGACAACCUUUGGCCACAUUUCUACAUGCCACAUUAUUGCGUCAUAAAGACUGCCAGCAGCACGACCAAGUUGAGAGUCGUUUUUGAUGUCUCUUGCAAAUCAUCAACCGGCAUUUUAUUAAACGACACCCUGAUGUUAGGACCUGUUUUGCAACAAGAAUUGAUAUCCAUACUUCUGCGUUUCCGAACGUACAAAUACGUUUUGACAUCCGACAUAGAAAAGAUGUAUCGGCAGAUCAAGGUGGAUGCUGAACAAACAUCAUUACAAAGAAUAGUAUGGAGGAACGAUCCAUCCGAAAACAUUAAGACUUAUGAAUUGUUGACGCUAACUUAUGGGACUGUGCCAGCGUCAUUUAUAGCAACAAAGGUCAUUCAACAAUUGGCGGAUCUCGAGGCUCACAAAUUUCCAAAGGGUGCGGCUGCGGCAUACAAAGAUUUCUACGUCGACGACUUUAUAUCAGGAGCAUUGACACAUUGA